AUGUCCGCCAGUGCGAGCGCAACGAUAUCAGCGUCUGCGUCGGCGGCCUCGUCCUCGCACGGAGAGGGCCUCGGACUCGACCAGAACAACGUCACGUUCAAAAUCGUCGGUGUGUGUUUGGCCGUCGGCAGUGGUUUGUUUAUCGGAACGAGUUUCGUCAUCAAGAAGAAGGGACUGUUAAAAUCGACGGAGAAAGCGGGCAACGAGGCCGGCGAGGGCCAUGCGUACCUCAAGAGCUGGCUGUGGUGGACGGGAAUGAUCAUGAUGAUCAUCGGAGAGUCUCGUGGCGGGCGUCGCCGCCAAGAACUGCGCAGAAGCACGAGGGCGCACAGCAAAGCAGCAGCUGACCCACAGGGAUGGAUAGGAUGCAUCCUCUGUAUUCUCGGCUCGGUCAUUCUCGCCCUCAACGCACCGGAGCAGAGCACGGUGCGGACGAUCAAAGAGUUCCAGGGCUACUUUGUGUCGCCCGGCUUCCUGACGUGGGCCGGUAUCUGUAUCGCGAUCUCAAUCUUCAUCGUCGUCUGGGUCGCCCCGCGCUACGGCAAGAAGCACAUGCUGCCGUACAUCUCGGUGUGCUCGCUGAUCGGCGGCAUCAGUGUGUCGUGCACGCAGGGCCUCGGCGCGGCCAUUAUCACGAGUAUCUCGCCUGGGUCAAGGACUGGUUCUUCUGGUUCCUCUUCGUCUGACCCCAGAAUCAACUACCUGAACAAGGCGCUCGAGCUAUUCAACACGUCGAUGGUGGUGCCCGUCUAUUUCUGCUACUUCACCAGUGCGACGAUGAUCACAUCGUUCAUCCUGUACCGCGGCUUGAAGGCGUCGGCGCCUACGCUCAUCACGAUGGUGUUAGGCUUCCUUGUGACGUGUUUUGGCAUCACGAUCCUGCAAAUGUCCAAGGUGGACCCGACCAAGCUACAGGGCCUGGACCGACGAACUACCAUCCUGCUCCAGGCGGCGCGCCAGCACACCGAGGCCGACGAGAAGGGCGACCUGAAGGCGAUGGAGGACCCGGGCAUGGACGCUCUGCGCGGCGGGUUCGGCAGUGUCGGGUCCAUCAUCCGUGCCCGUUCGAUCCAGCGCCGGCGCUCGACGCUGAGCUCGCAGCACUCGCACGGCUUCACCAACUCGGCAUACACGGGUGGCACGCACAUGCACCACCUGAGCACGCAGGGCCUGGCGCAUUUGCCGCGGUACCAGCUGAACGACGCGCCGAUGCACGACGAGCCCGAGACUAUCAGUCUCGCGCCGCAGCCGACGGGCUCCUCCGCCGCGGCGCGGAGCCGCGCGAGCACGCUCAAGUUUGACGACCAGGAGACAGUGCACCAGUACGGCUACGGCGCACUCGCAGGUGUCGCACGAGGAGCUGCGCUCGCCGACACACCAGAGCUCAGCCGACCGCAUAAGCUUACCGACGAUCACGGAGCUGUCGCCGGCGCCGACGCCGGGCACAACGCUGAGCCCGGGCGUGGCGCAGCGCGCGCCCUCGCACGCCUCGCAGAAGACGGCCCUCUCGCACGCGUCAGAGGAGAAGCUCGACCCAAACGAGCACGGCGACUCGACGGUCCGGGCCACGGGCAUGGGCACGGGGGACACGGGCGGCGCGACUCGCGGUCUUCGGACGUGCGCGGCGGCCAGGCGCGGGGCAUGCGCGACUACCCGCGCACGAAGGAGGCGGCGCUGGAGCGCGAGGAGCGCCGCGGCUUAGUCCGCUCGCCAGUGGAGAGUCCGGUGAAUUCGCCCGAGGAGGACCCGCUCGCGCGCUUCGAGUCGGUCGAGCUCGGCCGCCAGGAUUCGCGCGACAGCGACGACUUCCAUCUCCAGCAGGAAGUUGACAUUGCCGCUCCUCGGCCCAUCUCGAUCGAUGACGGAAGGUGCUCCCCGACCAGCGGCCGCAUUCGACCGGGAGGACCUAGGUAG